AUGGCCAUGUGCUACGGAAGGGAAGGCCACGAGGUCGACGACGUGGAGAUUGGGGGAGUCCGGGGAUUCCCCAGACCCAGGCCCAGAGCUGGAGAAGACUUUCUACACUGGGGAACGGAUUCGGCCCCAGCUGCCAGAGCGAUUAAGCUCCCAGAUUCAUGCGCCCCGAUACUAGCGCGUCCGCUUUCCACCUGCCCGCUUGCGACACCCUUCGGGCCAGCUUUCCCUCCCGAAACUCCAGAAAUCUGGCCGGUUGGUGGCGGGAAAUUCGGAGCGACGCCCCCCUUGGAUCUCACCGAGAUCCGCGUCGGCUUCGGAGCUUUCGGAAUAUGUCUUACUGAAUUUUCCGGUUAUCCUAGCCUGCCGACCAGCAUUCUUUCGUUCUGUCCCACGCGUUCGACACCGUACUCUGCAAUCACCAAAUGGGAUUCCCUAGCUGCUCCCGAGUGA